AUGGCCGGUUGCAGUUUCUCCAUGCUUGUCCUCCUAAUAGCUGCAUUAGCUCUCGCAUCGAGGGCUCAGCUAUGCCCCGACUUCUACGACCACGUAUGCCCAGAAGCACUGCCCGCCAUAAAGGCAGUGGUGGAGAGAGCGGUGGCGCGGGAACCACGCAUGGGAGCGUCUUUGCUCCGACUGCACUUCCACGACUGCUUCGUUAACGGUUGUGAUGGAUCGAUUCUGUUGGAUGAUGCCCCCGGUUUCACUGGAGAGAAGACCGCGAAACCUAACUUGAACUCCGUGAGGGGAUUCGAUGUGGUCGACGAGAUCAAGAACGCCGUCAACGAAGCAUGCCAUGGCAAUGUUGUGUCGUGUGCGGAUAUCUUGGCAAUUGCAGCUCGUGACUCCGUCGCGGCGUUGGGAGGACCUCCUUAUAUGGUACUACUAGGAAGAAGAGACUCGAGGACAGCGAGCCUAAAUGAUGCUAAUAAUGACAUCCCGCCCCCCGUCUUUAACUUCUCUCAGCUCCUCUCCAACUUCCGAUCACACGGGCUAGAUCUUAAAGAUCUAGUGGUUUUAUCUGGCGGCCACACGAUUGGGCUGGCUCGAUGCACAAGCUUUAGGGACAGGCUCUACAACGAGACCAACAUCGACCGAGGCUUUGCAAGCAUUCUUCGCAACUAUUGCCCAACCUCGGGUGGGGAUGACAACCUUGCAUCGUUGGACGCGACCCCGGCGAGAUUCGACACAGCUUACUUCAACGGGUUGCUGCAUGGGAGGGGGCUCUUGCACUCGGACCAACAGCUAUUCAAGCGUGGUCAGGGUGUAAGCGAUGGCUUGGUCAGUUUCUAUAGUGCUAACCCCUAUGCCUUUUGGGCUGACUUUGCCGUGUCUAUGUUGAAGAUGGGAAAUAUUAGUCCACUGACAGGCAACCGGGGCGAGAUUCGCAUGAAUUGCAGGAAAGCGAAUUAAUUUGGUUUGC